AUGUUCGAAAGAAGCUUCAAAAAGCAGAUGGACAACCAGAAGAAUGUCAAGAGGUUUCGACGUAUUAUGGACAUCCAGGGAUGCCAGCGAUUCAUGCAGGACUGCCAUAUUCCUGUGCUGAUCCCAGCUGCGGACUGGGGCUCUCGCGUUCGCCUGCAGCAUUGCGAUGGAUUGCUGGACCGGCUAGAUGUGGAUAUUGAUUACCACCUUCACGCGCAGGAUCAUCAGACGAUUAUUGAGGCCACACGAACAAAGCUAGACCCUACAAACCAAUGGUGGAUGGUGGAUGUCUACGUGGUUGAACAAGCAGGUCAUGGCCGCGACGGAAGUGAAUCCGCACAGGAUAUGUUUAUUCGCUCCCUCCGAGAACAGUACUCCAAUGACCGUCGGCCCCCGGACGGGUUGGUCUAUGAGCGAAUCCGGCGCUAUGAAGGUUAUCUGGAAGAUCCCAUCAAUCGUUUCGCAGCGAACAAUUGGCUUUUUCCAAUCAAGGGGUUAUGGGAGGGUAUGCGGAUUGGCUUGCUCCAAAAAGUGCUUGCCAUGCGCUGCGACCAAGCUAUCAUGUGUUACUGGGAUCGGAUAUAUCAAACUUUUAUAGAUCUGGUGGGAGGAAAUUGCCAGUAUCUGCGUCUCAUUGACGGCCUGACCGUCCGUCUCAUUCAUUCGCGAGUCCCGGAGGUUUCGCCGAGAGACUUCAGGUUCUUGGAGAGUGAACUGGGACAAGGCAACUUGUUUCGUACCAUCCCCGCCUAUGACCGCCAAGCUGUUUGGGAGCGGUUGAUCAAUAUACAUUUCCAAAUCCCCACUCUCGAGACAUUUUUCAAGGAUAGACUUUACCUCGUGAUAGACCCACAGGUCUACAAGGCAAGGAAGCAAUCUGGAGGCGAGACAACUGGGAUUGGGAAGUCUAGGGAGAAGGAAGAAGAGAGAGAGAGGGAAAACCCACGAUGGGGAAAAACCCUCAAGACACAUGACCGCUGCUGGGCCUAG